AUGUCUCACAGGAAGUACGAGCACCCCCGUUGCGGUUCCCUCGGGUUCUUGCCCCGCAAGCGGGCUGCCCGCCACCGCGGAAAGGCAAAGAGCUUCCCCAAGGACGACGCCAAGGCGCCGGUUCACCUCACCGCCUUCCUUGGUUACAAGGCUGGCAUGACCCACGUCGUCCGUGACCUUGACCGCCCGGGAUCGAAGAUGCACAAGAAGGAGGUCGUCGAGGCCGUCACCGUCAUCGAGACCCCUCCCAUGGUCGUCGUCGGUGUCGUCGGCUACGUCGAGACUCCCCGCGGCCUCCGCUCGCUCACGACCGUCUGGGCCGAGCACCUCUCGGACGAGGUCAAGCGUCGCUUUUACAAGAACUGGUACAGGUCCAAGAAGAAGGCCUUUACCAAGUACGCCAAGAAGCACGCCGAGCAGGGUUCGGCUUCGUCGGUCGCCCGCGAGCUCGAGCGCAUCACCAAGUACUGCACCGUCGUUCGCGUCCUCGCUCACACCCAGAUCCGCAAGACCGGCCUCGCCCAGAAGAAGGCCCACUUGAUGGAGAUCCAGGUCAACGGCGGCUCGGUUGCGGACAAGGUCGAGUUCGCCAAGUCGCACUUUGAGAAGACGGUCGACGUCUCGUCCGUCUUUGAGCAGGACGAGAACAUCGACGUCAUCGGCGUCACGCAGGGACACGGAUUCGAGGGUGUCACCCACCGUUGGGGCACCAAGAAGCUUCCUCGCAAGACCCACAAGGGUCUCCGCAAGGUCGCUUGUAUCGGAGCGUGGCACCCGUCCAAGGUCAUGUACUCGGUCGCCCGCGCCGGUCAGGACGGCUACCACCACCGUACCGAGCUCAACAAGAAGGUCUACCGCAUCGGCAAGGCCGACGACGAGGGCUCGGCCUCGACCGAGUUCGACAUCACCAAGAAGGCCAUCACCCCUCUUGGCGGUUUCGUCCGCUACGGCGUCGUCAAGAACGACUGGGUCAUGAUCAAGGGCUCGUGCCCGGGCGUCGUCAAGCGUGUGCUCACGCUCCGCAAGUCGCUCGUCCCGCACACGUCGCGCGCCUCGCUCGAGAAGAUCUCGCUCAAGCUCAUCGACACCUCCUCGAAAUUCGGCCACGGCCGCUUCCAGACCAAGGAGGAGAAGGACGCUUUCAUCGGCCAGCUCAAGGUCAAGUCGGCCUAA